UCCUGCGCGCCGAGGCUCCGCCCGUCCUCACUCUCCCCCCUCGCCCCGGCGGUGGUUGGCGGCGGUUGGAGUUCGGGCGAGUACCGGCGGCAGGCGUGAGUGGAAAGGAAGAACUGAGGAGAAAAGCUAUGAAAAUUCUGGUUAUUGGCCUCGGAGGAGUAACAAAUGGAGGAAAAACAACAUUGGCAGAAAAGCUUAAGAAAAUGCUCCCCAACUGUGAUAUAAUGUCUCAGGAUGACUUCUUUAAGCCAGAGUCUGAAGUAGAAACAGAUGAACGUGGAUUUAAACUAUAUGAUGUACUUGAUGCUCUCUAUAUGGAUGAAAUGGUGAAAAGUAUUCAUAAUUGGAUGAACAGCCAUACAUGCUCAGCUAUUGUGACUGAAGAACCACAGAAUACACGUGACAGUGUUAAAAAUACAGAAGAUGUUUGUAUUUUGAUUGUUGAAGGCUUUCUGCUGUAUAAUUAUGAGCCACUUAAUGAACUCUGGAAUAGAAGAUACUUUUUGACGCUUCCUUAUGGAGAGUGCAAAAGGAGAAGGAGCACCAGAGUCUAUCAGCCAGCAGAUACACCGGGGUACUUCGAUGGACACGUGUGGCCUAUGUAUCUGAAAUACAAAAAUGAAUUGGAAGAAAACACAAGUAACAUUGUUUAUUUGGAUGGAACUAAACCCCAAGAAGAGCUUUUAUCCUGUGUGUAUAGUGAUAUAAUACAGGAAUUACAAAUGCUGAGGGAAGGAAGUCUCAAGGCAUGAUAAUGUAGAAGGCCUGGAAUCUGUUUGAUACAAAUUUAAAACCCCAAGAAUGGUGCUUGGCAAGCCACCCAACUGAGCAGAUGUCCACGUUUAUGCCCAUAACGAUAAUUCAUACAAUGCAAGUGGAUUUGUAGCAAGUAUUAGCUCUGUAAGCCUUAGAUACUGAGUUAACUAUCAACAGUGCCUUACUCCUUAGGAUUCCUUCCAUCAGUCAUGCCUUGGCUGAUCUUUAUAUGUGAUUGAAUUUGCGUAUCUUAAAUAAUAUAAACACUUUUGUAUACAGAACUAAACUAUAAAGAUGCAGUUCUGUUGGAUUAGUAAGAUGAUUUGAAAAUGGAUGAGUGCAAUUUGAAAUGUUCAUAUAGAACUUGUGAAUUAUGUUUAAAAAUUAGAGGUAAUCACUGGUUAGAGGAACUAGCUGUAAGCUGUGGCAAUGCUAACUUUAAGAUUGUGUAAGCUGUUACUCUGCUCAUUCAGUAACUGAAUCUGUUACUGAAUGCAUUGCAACUGAACUUAGACUUGCUCAAUAUCCCUGUGGUGUUUCUCAGGUAAUUUCUAUGUUACAUGUUUGGACCAGUUGAGAAAGUAUUAUUUUAAAAAGAAAGAUUAUUGGGACAAUGUGGGGGACGAACAUCUCAGAAUGGAUAUGCAUCACUAACAGGUUAUAUUACAUAUAUCGUGGAAAGAUCAUGGAUUAGAAUGGUGAAAAGUACAAGAUAAUAAAUCCACGCUUUGGGGAGGAGGAAGUAAGAAAUACUUCUUACUAAUAUUCAGAACUCAGGAUGAAGUUAUAUUAUGUAUGUAAUUAUAAAUUACAUAUACAAUGAAAGUGUUCAGAAAGCAGGCAUACUGAAUGUAUGUUAAAAUUUUGUUACAGAGUCUGUAUAUAUAUAUUAAGAUAAACUAGGAAACUAGCAGGUUUCAUUGUCUUCAGUUGCUGGAUAAGUAACAUAUUAACCCAUACUUUUUGUAUAUGAGGUCUUAAAUUUUAUUUAAUAAUAAAUAAAAAUAAAAAUU